AUGUUACAGGUCAACCUGUCAGGCCACGUAGAAGUGACGGUGGAAGAUAUGAAUGUGCUUGUGCAAACCAAUUUGCGAGUCCGUGAUAGGCGAACUAAGAUCGAAGUCACUAACUGCACGUUGGAUGUGAAAUAUAUUGACGUGGAAGUUCAUGGCGGCAUCAUGAUUUGGAUUGCUAAUUUGUUCCGAGUGCAGUUAGCUACUGCCAUCAAAAGUUCUUUACAACAAGCGGUCAGCCAAUUUUUUCAUGCUUUUUUGUGA